CUCUUGUCUCUGGUAUCUGCGUUGAGAACGUGAGAGAGAGAGAGAGAUUUUUAACCCUUCCCUGGUUAAAGUAAGGCGGUAAUAGAAUGAGUCCGAGAGCAAAACUCAAUACAGAGAAGGGAGGGAAGUAUUUAAUGAAGAAUGAAAAAACCCAUUAUUGUUGUUGGCAUUCUCUUAAAAAAAAAAAAAAAAAAACUCUAUUUUCGUUUUCCCAUUUUGCAUGGCUGCUUCUCUGUCGCCUUCUCUUGUGCUUCGCAACCACGAACUAUAGCAACACCCCUCUUUCUGAAACUCCUUUCUCUUUUACUUCUCUGCAUCUUUCCUUCUCUCUACCGUUCACUUGCUUUCAGUAGUGUAAUCUUUCCUCUGUCUUCACGACGCUUAUUGUGUUGAUCUCUGUUUCUUGUUUGAUUCUUGAGGAAUUGUUUGUUAACUAAGCUUUUCAUUUUCUUGAUUGGUUGUUAUCUUAUAUUUUAGGUAUAAUUUGGUCUUGGAUUUUCUCAUUUUCAAUAUCCAUGUGACAGCAUUUUUUCUUUCUCUAGCCUGAUACUGUGAAGUGAUGAGGUUUUAGUUGUUUGCAGGAAGUGGAGCUGAUGAUGGAGGAUAUUGACUGGGAAGCAGACAAGAUGCUUAAUUUCUACAUUCAUGAUUAUAUGGUGAAAAGGAAGCUGUACAAGGCUGCCCAGACAUUCAAGAAGGAGGCAAAUAUUCCUUCCAAAACUGCAGCGCUUGAUUGUCCUGAAGGUUUUUUAGUGGAUUGGUGGUCAUUAUUCUAUGAUAAGUAUUUCUAUAGAGAGCUGCAGCAAUGUGAGAUGAAUCAGCAAAGACUUGGACAGCUUCCUAUAGAAAUUGAUGUUGCAAAAAUGCCACCGGCUGGCAUGUUGGCUGCCCAAAUAGGUGGGGGGGAACGUCUCAGACAUCCUUUAUCUAAAGCUUUGCCACCCAAUGUCCGGCUUGCCAAUUGUGAAAAAAUGGCUUCCUACAAAUCAAUGGUUCAAAGUCUUGGCAAUGUACAACAACAAGCUUGUGCAGAGACUCAACAGAUUUUUAUGAGAGGUGGCAGACAAGGUGUUGGUUUGAGCAGGUUGCAUCCCUCAGAGCCAACUCUCUUUGGUGUUCCAAAAGCCAUGAUCCCCAUAACUGCGCCUCCUGAAGCUGAGUUAAACAAAGGCAUUGGUUCAGUGCCUUUGAGUGGCUGGCCUUUAGCUGGUAUUGACCAAAUUCCCCCAGGUUUGGGGAGGCAAGUAUUAAAGUCACAUUUGCAGACACCAAUCCAACAGUAUCAGAUGAUGGCAGCUCAACGUCAGCAAGAGCUCAUUGCUCAGUCACUCACACAUACACCAACAAACCUGAUGUCAUCUCUUUCAGGGACCUCAUCUAAUUUGGAUCUGCGAAGGUUGAUGCUUCUAAAGCAUGGCUUGAAUGUGAAUGUUGAACAAAGGGAUGGUUGUGUUGAUUCUCAACGAAUCAUUUCUUCUUCAACUAAUGCAGUCCCAAAAACUAGUGGUGACGUACCAAAAUAUGAGGGAGGAAGAAAGAGGAAGGAAUUGUCAUAUCCUGUGGCUGCAAGUGGUACCAUGGCAAGAGAUACUCCUGGGGCUUAUGCAGAAUCUCUGAUGCCACCACGCGAUAAAAUUUCUACCCCUAUUGCUUUAUUACAAAACUACAGGACUUCAAGAAAGCUAGAUACGCAUGGCACUGAUAGAACUGGAUUGGCUGAAACUUCAGGAAAGGAGGGUAGGCCUGAUGUGGCAGAGGGCUCAUCAGAUGCAAAUGUGGAAUCGUUCUUGUCCCAUGAUACUGGCAUUGAUGAUCUGAGGGGUACCCCAUUCAGCACUAUGUUGCAGAGUUCUACUGCGCGUAACAGGAUGGUUCCCAAAGGCUUUUCUUUUGGAGAAGUUUGUACCCUAAGUUCUAAAAGCAAAGUCCUCUGUUGCCAUUUCUCAUCUGAUGGGAAGUUAGUAGCUAGUGCUGGGCAUUCUAAGAAGGUGAUAGUUUGGAAUUUAGAUGCCGUUGAUUUCAAGUGUUCUUCCGAGGACCACUCCCUUCUGAUUACAGAUGUUCGAUUUAGACGAAGUUCAAGUAUCUUGGCAACGUCGUCUUAUGAUAGAACUGUACAGAUUUGGGAUACAAAUGAUCUCAGCCAUUCAUUAUGCAAGCUUAUUGGACAUAGUGAACAAGUGAUGUCAUUGGAUUUCCACCCUAAAAAAAUGGACCUUCUUUGCUCAUGUGAUGGCAACAAUGAGAUCUGGCUCUGGAAUGUGAAUCGCCAUGAAUGCACAUGCAAAUUCAAGGGUGGUAUGACACAAGUCAGAUUCCAACCCCAAGUUGGUCAACUUCUAGCUGCUGCUUCUGGGAAUACCAUCAACGUACUUGAUGUUGAGACUGGAAGUGUACAGUUCAACUUGAAGGGGCACAUCAAGGAAGUACAAUCAAUCUGCUGGGACAAAAGCGGGAAGUAUAUCGCUUCUGUUAGUGAAGACCGCAUUCGUGUCUGGUCAGCUUUAUCAGGUGGAGAAUGUGUGCAUGAACUGUGUUCAAGUGAUAACAAGUUCAAAUCCUGCACCUUCCAUCCACGAUAUUCCCUACUUUUGCUUAUUGGUGGUUAUCAGUCCCUGGAAUUAUGGAAUCCAAUGUCAACUUGUAAAGCAAGGUCAUUUCCAGCUCAUGAUGGGGUGAUUACUGCAUUAACAAACUCGCUUUGUACUGAAAUGGUCGCCUCAGCUAGCCUUGACGGUUGUGUGAAGUUAUGGAAAUGAGAGUUUGUUUCUUUUUUGUGUCUACUGGGUGUUUCAGCAGCUUUGAAAGGAGGUAGCAUAAAUUUGUUUUCAAGCCAAGUAUUCCUGGAGCACACCAUGGUCAGGGAAGGAAAUAGUUGGGUGGAAAUUUUUGUAAUUGAGAAAAUGAACCAGAUGUCUUGCUGAAUAUCUUCGACCACAACAGUUUGAAAGAAAGUCAAUUUUUUGGUAACGAACGAGAGCAGAAUAUCAAACUGAGACCUAAAUCAUCUGGAAUUUAGUGCAGGGAAUAGAAUAUGUUGAACCCUGUUGAAUAUGCCAUCCUGGAUCACAUUCUAAUACACAUUCAAUUGUAGUUACUUACAUGAAAUGCUAGAUUUGAAAACAGGACUAGGGAUGAAAACAUGUACAUAUGUGAAAAGAAAAUUACAGACUUGGCUGCAUAUUGUGAAUGGAAUGAAAUUUUCUAGUGUCAUAUAGUUUAAA